GGUGCUACACACGCUCACCUCCUGCCACAUGCACCGUACUCUGGACCUCCUACCACAAACACACAUGUACAUUAUGCACACAUGAGAGCUCGAACAUGGAGUGAACUUGCUUCAUUCUAUAGAAGAUUAAAAGAUACACUAGUCAGCUGGCACGUCUCCCUGUGCAAGAGGAAACAGUCAGUCAGAAAGAGGAGUGCCGUGGCUUCUGGUAUGACAGCUGCUGAAUAACUGAGAUAUUACUUACCAGCAAACAGGCUGAGGCAGAGAAAACCGCAGUAGAUGACCAGACAUGAAUGAAGCAGCUCUCCUCCCAGUCAUCAAGGCAGGGAAUGGGAGAACACUGUCCAGAGCAGAGUUUCUCUCCCUGUUUAAUACCUACAACUGCUUCCUGAAGGACCAGACUCAACUUCACCUCACUUACGCUCAGGAAGCAGAUGGCACGGUGGUGGUGGAAGGCAUGCUGAAUAUCUGCUGGGGAGUACGGAGACCAAUCAGGCUGAAAAUACAGGAUGACAAACAAAUGUUUCCAUUUGUUCCUAAGACCUCUCCAGAUCCCACCAGUCCAGUCAGCCCACUGGAAAGCAAGAGAGGAAUGUCACGAUGGGGAGAAUAUGUUGACCUUCACCAGAUAGAUGAGAUGGUUGAGACGCCACAAGAAACAAUCAAAAACCCUUUACCAGGACCACCUGUUUAUGAGACCUCAACCCUGCGCCCUCCAAAGCAGAAGAAUCCAGAACAGGAAGCAGAGUCCAACCUGUUCCGCUGUAUGAGUGAUGCCUCGCUGGUUAAAAGAAGGAGGGGCACGGGAAAGUCAGCAGCUCAAAGAGAAAAAGAAAGGCAGCAUCGCUUUUCAAUCAAUGGCCACUUCUACAAUUACAAAACCUCGAUCUUCACUCCGUGCUUUGGUACACCAACUAAAGUUUGUAUCUCUAGCAGAAUGACCACAAACCAAGUCAUUGAACAGCUGCUGCACAAGUUCAAGAUACAGAACGAUCCUCAGGAAUUUGCUCUCUACUGUCUUCAUCAAAGUGGAGAAAAAAGGAAGCUGAGUAACACAGACCAGCCGUUAUGGGAGCGCACACUGCAGGGACCCUCUGAUGACAUCAUGAAGAUUUUUUUGAUGGAUGCGGAUGAAGAGGAAGUUAGUGAUGAUGUAGCUCAAUAUCUGAACAUUGAGCUUCCAAUCCUUGAAAAAGUUUUACAGAAACUCAAAGACGAGGAGAACAGAGAGAUACAAAGGAUUGAGAACAAGUACAAACACCAAAAGAGAGUCCUGUCCAAUAUGUUAAACUGUAAGAUGUCACGUCCCAUUGAGACCAGUGUCUAACAACUCACCUGAUUUUCUAAAACAAGAUUCAACAUUCAGUACAGCACCAUUUCCAUGUUCAACAAUGAAAGAUCUACAGAAAUAUGAGGAAUUCUUUUCCCUUGUUUUUUUUUCUUCAUGCACUCUUUAAUGUUAUAAUUCUGAAUCUCUGAUACAUGAUAAAGAUGAACAAUUUGGGAUAUGAAGCAUGAAGCUUGUGUAUAUCCCAUACAAAAAUAUAUCAUCCUUCCAGUCUUAUGUGUCUUUUUCUAUUUUAAACUGUAAAAGAAAUUAAAGAUGCAAAUGUAAGACGUUGCUGCCAGAAAUUGUAGUUCACUGUGUCCGUGAAUAAAUAUGGGACCAAAUGGCCACUUCUGUUUGUGCUUUCUGUUUGCUAUGUUUGAGUUAUGUGUGCCACUGGAGCUUUUCAAGGGUUAUUUGGACUCUGCUCAAGGUUAAAUUCUAUUAUAUAUUUUAUCAAUGAUCAAUAUAUGUGUAUAUAGACUUUUGAUAAAACUAUAUUGAUUGUUAAAAACCUGCUGAAACCAUAGUGAAAUUAUGACCUUUACUCUUUUUUUGUGUACUUUGUUAUUUUAUAUGUGGUUGAGUUGGAUGGAUUUUAUUGCUGAUUUCUGGUAUUUAUUUUACUGGUUUGUAAUAAAGUGUUGAUUGGCUCAAUGACCA